UGUUAAUGUCUGGACAAAAAGAAUUUGGAGAGCAGGAUAUUGCUAGUAUGUUAAAGAUUAUGGAAGAGGCUAAAAAGCAUAAUGAACAGGCUAGACAAGCCUAUUUGGCUCAAGACUAUCGUAAAGCUGUACAGUUUUAUCACCGUUGUAUGCUUAGUGCAAAAGCUGUUGUUCAACUGACAAAUACAGACUUGCGUGAAAUGGCCCGUGCACUUAUUGACAAUAAAACUGGAGAUGGAAAGUCGGACAAUCUGCAAACUGGUAGUGAGUCUGAUCAACCUUUGAAACAGUUACAAACUGAAGGUUCACUUUCCACUGCCAGCAGCAGCUCUCGAAUUCGUCAAGAUUCUACAACUUGUGGACAAGAGAUUCUCACAGAGGCUAAAGAUUUGAUGACUAAAUGUUAUAAUAAUUUGGCAGCUUGUCUUUUAGCUCGUGAUUCGAAUACAAAGGAAGACUUUAUGAGAGCGGUUUUUUAUUGUGAUAAUGUUUUGAAAGAUGAUCCAAUUAAUGAAAAGGCUUUGUUUCGAAAGGGAGUGGCUUUGAUGCGGGCUGAUAAUUGGGAUAAGGCAAUUGAACAGCUGGAGAAAUGCAAAGAUAAUGCCCAAGCAAAACUUUACAUAAUUGACUGCCAUCGAUAUAUUGAAGAAGAUCGUCGACGACGAGAUGCUGAAAUUCGUGCAAAUUUUGCGAAAGCUCGCGCUGGAGAGGAUAAUGUGCACGUAGGCAACGCAAAUGGACCUUUACAGGAUAAUAAUAACAAUCAUCCUCCACCUCCCCCUACAAUGAAUGGACAUGUUCAACACUGA